AUGGCGUUGGCGGUGAACAUGGUAGGUGAUCUCGCCAUCACACUCUGUGAUCGACAGAUGGAUCAUACUGGGAUCGCUGGCGAGGUUGAGCAGAGGAAAGAGCGGGUUCCCGGUGGCGAUGCUGAGAUGGCUGGUCCUGAUAGUGAUGCCGCGAGCAUUUGUCAGUUGGGGCCGACGGCCAUUGGGACAACGCGAUGCUCGCUGACGGUUCGGUGA